AUGGACAAGGAUGGUGCGGCAAUCCCAGUUUGGGGCGGUCGAGCGGAUUCCUUCGAGACCUACACGCAGGAUGUGGAGCUCCUAGUGUCAGGAACUAAGGAGGAGGAGGAGCGGCACCUGAUAGGACCUAGACUGAUCAGAGCGCUGCCGGCACAACCUGUGCAGAGGAAGCUGGCCAUGAGAUUCAAUCAAUUCGUUUCCACCGACGAGCACGGCCAGCCUGUAAGUCCAGAGCCAGUCGCUUGCUACAAUGGCGCAGAGAUCCUGAUUGAGGCUUUCAGAAGAUCGCUCGGCAACCAGGUGAUCGUAGACGUAGGGGGCAGGACUGCCGUGAUUAGGAAGGACGGUCAGACCAUGUCACACUGGAUCGAGACAGAAGAAGAUAUGUACCAUGAGCAGUUGAAGGUCUACAGGACGUUCGCGCCCGAUCUCCGAGACAUUCCGCCAGAUCAGGUUCGUGGAGUGCUGCUGUUGCGGAAAGCAGGUCUCUCGGCAACUGAGGGAGCAUCCUUCAGCACGCGGGUCAACGGAGUGCAACGAGCGAUGUUCAAGCUCCGCGGCCAGGACUACGACGACGGGGACCUGACGAUGCUGCAGGUGCCCCAGGAGGCCGUCGGGUUCGUGACGGGCAGGGCAGGAAACUUCCUGCGGACCAUCGAGGAGGAGUGGGGCACCCUGAUGUUUUUCUGCGAGGUCGGCACCGGCCGCAACCGGGAGUACGAGAAGCUCGCCAUCUUCGGGGGCGUCCGCGGCCGCAGGGGCGCCGAGCUCAAGGUGCUCAGCGCGGUGGAGACGAAGGUGCCAGGGUACUACGACCGCAUCAAGGAGUCGGUGGUCACCAGGGAUAAGGGCAGGGACGACAGCGGCACGUGGGGCACGGACACCAUGACCUUCCAGGACGACGAGCUGUCCUACGCGCUGGGCAAGCAGGGCGGGACGCGCAAGAAGCUGGAGCGAUCGUCCGGCGCCAUCGUGCAGUACGUGGGCCACAACGCCCUCUUCUCCGGGGCCCGGCCUGAGCGUAAGCGCGCCAAGGAGUACAUGGCUCUUUGA